UGUUGCUACAAGGAUCCAUCCUCAGCUCUGAACGCUCACCAUGUAUAUCGCCACAGCUUUCCAGGUAUCUCUCGACCACUGGAUGGAAAUAAUUACAACUACUGGAUUAUGCUAUUUCAUUGGGUCCGCCAUUUUCAACCUUUAUCUCAGCCCUCUGGCAAGGUAUCCUGGCCCAUUUUUGUGCAAGAUCUCUUCUUUUCCAGACUUCUAUUGGUCUUUGACCGGGACUCGUCAUUUAUGGAUUGCGCACAAUCAAAAAGUGUACGGAGAUGUCUUUCGCUAUCGACCCGACGGCCUCUUGUUCAAAACCCCACGGGCCUACAGGGACAUCUUCAACAACAAAGCCAACGUCAAACGGUCCAAGUUCUACGACAUCAUGACCCGUCACCCUGAAGACACGAGCACACUUACGGGAACCGACCCGGUUCUUCAUGCGCAAAAGCGUCGUGUCUUGAACAGCGUGUUUUCCGAAAAGUCAAUUCGCUCCAUGGAGCCGCUUCUUGCUAAGCAUGUGAAUCGCUGGUGUGAACUGUUGGUCGAUGGCAAUGGGCAUGAGUGGUCAUCUCCGAGAAAGAUGUCAGAUACUUGCGAUCAUCUUGUUCUCGAUGUGCUGUGUGAUCUUUGCUUCGGGCGGGCUGUUGAUACGAAGGAGCCGGGAGAUAAUGAGUAUCGUAAGAUUCCGCAUAUAAUUGCGUUCUUUCUCAAGAUACUAUAUCCGCUCGGUCAUUCUCCAUGGUUGAACCUUGUCGUCUGGCUCAAACCACGAGGUCUUGAUAGGCUUCUUGGAGUAAUGACACCGCCACAGAUGCAGAACCUGGAGGGACAGCAAAGCCGAAACGACAUGCUCCAGCAUCUCAUCAACGCAGUAGACCCGGUGACCGCUCAACGGGGGUUAACCCCGGCAGCAUUAGAGGCCGAGGUGGUUAUGUUGACGAUUGCGGGCUCAGACACUACGUCUGUCAUCCUGGCGGGAUUUUUCUUCUACAUCACUCGGACGCCCCACGCAUAUGCCAAGAUUGUCAGUGAAAUCAGAAGCACGUUCACAUCAUUCGAGGAGAUUAAAAGCGGGCCGAAGCUUCUGUCAAGCUGUCGCUACAUGCGGGCCUGUGUGGACGAAACAAUGCGAAUCACACCAGCAGGGCCUUCCGAAUUGCCACGAAUCGCUCUUCCAGGUGGUUUGAUGAUCGACGGUGCAUAUAUCCCCGAGGGCGUAACUGUCGGUGUGUCUCAUUGGAGCUUUUAUCGCAACGAGGACUAUUUCAAAGACCCCGAUGUAUACCGACCCGAGCGAUGGAUUGUAGACCCAGAAACUGGUGUCACAGAGCAAGAUGUGGCCUGGGCUCGCUCAAGCUGUGUUCCGUUCGCUGCUGGGACCACAAGCUGUGCUGGGAAGAAUUUCGCCCUCCUGGAGUUAUAUCUGACGAUUGUCAAAACGCUGUGGCUUUACGAUAUGCGCCUGUUACCGGGAGACAUGACUGGAACUAGGAGCAAGCAUAGUCACUGGGGAAACUAUGAUUCGAAUGUGUUCCAAGUGGCUGACAGCUACAUCAGCAUGAGAGAUGGGCCGAUGGUUCAAUUUCGAAAGAGGACUUAGAUCGAAGAUGAUACAAAGCUGCCGUAUCAGCAUUAUUAGCAAUUGGACAUAAAGCUUUGUGAAGUUUGCUCUCAUUAUACCAAUAUCACCAAAU